CUUUUUUUCCCGCCCUUUUUUUCGAGCUUCGCGAACUCGGUGAACAGGGUCGCAGGCGCCCUCGUGGCAAGGGCUGCCAGAAGCCUCAGCCGGCCAGCUGCUUACAAUCUUUUCAUCCUCGCUUUUACGCUUCUGAGUGUUGACUGAUUAGUUACACCUCAAUUCUUCCUUUCGCGCCCUCGAGCUUUCGUUUUUACAGAUACCUCAGUUCAGCCUAUCCCCCAAAUAACAUUCACGCGACGACAACCUUCACCAUGUCGAACGUUUACUUUCCUUACUCCAAGGCGCCCCUGCGCACCAUCAAAGAAAUCCAGUUUGGUCUUUUCUCUCCGGAGGAGAUCAAACGGAUGAGUGUGGUUCAUGUGGAAUAUCCUGAGACAAUGGACGAGCAGAGGCAACGGCCGCGGACAAAGGGUCUGAAUGAUCCUCGUUUGGGAACGAUCGACCGGCAGUGGAACUGCGAGACCUGUGAGGAAGGCCAGAAAGAAUGCCCCGGACAUUUUGGUCACAUUGAGCUUGCAACUCCGGUUUUUCAUAUUGGUUUCUUGACAAAAAUCAAGAAGCUCUUGGAAACUGUCUGCCACAACUGUGGAAAGAUUAAAGCCAACACGUCCGAUUCAAAGUUCCUAGAAGCCCUACGCAUGCGAGACCCGAAACGACGUUUCGACACUAUCUGGCGUCUCUCUAAAGAUGUCCUGAUCUGUGAAGCCGACCCUCCACCGGACGAGGACGAACCAUUUUCGAAAGAGAGCUCCAAGCCGUCAAGAUCACACGGUGGAUGCGGUAAUGCCCAGCCUACGGUUCGUAAAGAAGGAAUUACAUUGGUCGGAACGUGGAAACCCAACAAGAGCAUGAUGGACGAGAUGGAUAUGCAACAGCCCGAGAAGAAAACAAUCACACCACAGAUCGCUCUGAAUGUUUUCCGCAGCAUUUCUUUCGAGGAUACUCGCAUUAUGGGUCUAAGCAAUGACUAUGCUCGUCCUGAGUGGAUGGUUCUUACCGUCUUGCCGGUUCCUCCGCCUCCAGUCCGGCCCAGUGUUCUUGUUGGUGGUAGCACAAGUGGCCAGCGUGGUGAGGAUGAUUUGACAUACAAGCUAGCUGAAAUUGUUCGUGCAAACCAGAAUGUUCAGCGGUGUGAGCAGGAAGGCGCCCCCGAGCACGUCGUGCGUGAGUUCGAGUCUUUGUUGCAAUAUCACGUUGCAACAUAUAUGGACAAUGACAUUGCUGGUCAACCCAAGGCCAUGCAGAAGUCAAACCGACCUGUGAAGGCCCUCCGUAGUCGUUUGAAGGGUAAGGAAGGUCGUCUGCGACAGAACUUGAUGGGCAAGCGUGUGGACUUUUCCGCUCGUACCGUCAUUACGGGUGACCCGAACUUGUCACUCGAUGAGGUCGGCGUUCCAAAAAGUAUUGCGAGAACGUUAACAUAUCCUGAGGUUGUCACACCUUACAACAUUGAUAAAUUGCAGCAGCUUGUCAUGAAUGGCCCUAACGAACACCCUGGCGCGCGGUACAUCGUUAGAGAUAACGGUGAACGUAUUGACCUUCGUCAUGCACGGAGGGCUGGUGGCCAGCAGCUACUCUACGGUUGGAAGGUUGAGCGCCAUGUCAUGGAUGGUGAUGUUAUCUUGUUCAACCGACAGCCCUCGCUUCACAAAGAGUCUAUGAUGGGUCACCGUGUCCGCGUUAUGCCAUAUUCGACUUUCCGAAUGAACUUGUCUGUGACAUCUCCCUACAACGCUGAUUUCGACGGCGAUGAAAUGAAUUUGCACGUUCCCCAGAGCGAGGAGUCUCGGGCGGAAUUGAGCCAACUUGCCUUGGUACCUAUGAACAUCGUUUCGCCUCAACGAAAUGGUCCACUCAUGGGUAUUGUGCAAGACACUCUUUGCGGUAUCUAUAAGCUUUGCCGGCGUGAUGUUUUCCUUAGCAAGGACCAAGUCAUGAACCUCAUGCUCUGGGUCCCUGAUUGGGAUGGUGUUAUUCCCCCGCCAGCUAUUCUGAAGCCUAGGCCGAGAUGGACUGGCAAGCAAAUCAUCAGUAUGGUUCUGCCUACUGGUCUCAAUCUCCUCCGUGUCGACAAGGAUGGCGCACCUAUCUCGGAGAAAUUCUCUCCCAUCGCCGAUGGCGGUGUGCUCAUUCACGGCGGACAGUUGAUGUAUGGAAUGCUCUCUAAGAAGACUGUUGGUGCCAGUGGUGGUGGUGUGAUUCAUACUAUUUUCAAUGAGUAUGGACCGCUCACUGCCAUGGCCUUCUUCAAUGGUGCACAGACCAUUGUCAACUACUGGCUUCUACACAACGGUUUCAGUAUUGGUAUUGGUGACACCAUCCCCGAUGCUUACACCAUCCAGCGAAUCGAGAACUGUGUCCGCAACCGAAAGAAGGAGGUCGAGUCUAUCACUGCUAGCGCAACUGAUAACACGCUCGAGGCGCUUCCUGGUAUGAACGUGCGAGAAACAUUUGAGAGCAAGGUCUCUCGUGCUCUUAACAACGCCCGUGAUGAAGCCGGAAGCGAGACCGAAAAGAGUUUGAAAGAUCUCAACAAUGCCAUUCAAAUGGCUCGCUCUGGUUCUAAGGGUUCUACCAUCAACAUUUCUCAAAUGACAGCUGUUGUGGGACAACAGUCCGUCGAGGGAAAGCGUAUUCCUUUCGGAUUCAAAUACCGAACCUUGCCUCACUUCACUAAAGAUGACUACUCUCCCGAAUCUCGCGGUUUUGUUGAGAAUUCAUACCUGCGUGGCUUGACACCUACUGAAUUUUUCUUCCACGCCAUGGCUGGUCGUGAGGGUUUGAUUGAUACCGCUGUCAAGACCGCUGAAACUGGUUACAUCCAGCGUAAGCUGGUCAAAGCGCUCGAAGAAGUCAUGGUGAAAUAUGACGGUACUGUUCGUAACUCCCUGGGCGAUAUCAUCCAAUUUGUGUACGGAGAAGAUGGCCUCGACGGUGCUCAUAUCGAGAACCAACGCGUGGAUAUUAUUAGAUGCUCUGAUGACAAGCUCAGAGAUCGCUUCCGUAUCGAUCUUAUGGACCCCGAGAGGAGUCUGGGCCCCGAUGUUUUGGAACAGGCCAAUGAGAUCGCUGGUGACAUGGAGGUCCAGAGAUAUCUCGACGAAGAAUGGGAGGCAAUUUUGAAGGACCGCGCUUUCCUUCGCACUGUUGCUAAGGAAGAUGAGGAGAUGAUGCAGCUUCCAAUUAAUGUGCAAAGAAUCCUUGAAACUGCCAGGACCACGUUCAGGAUUCGCGAAGGAACCAUUAGUGACCUGCAUCCCGCGGAAGUCAUCCCCCAGGUUCAGUCGUUACUCGAUCGUUUGUUGAUUGUCCGUGGUGAUGAUAUCAUUUCGCGGGAGGCCCAAGAAAAUGCUACACUGCUAUUCAAGGCGCAACUUCGCAGUCGACUGGCUUUCCGGAGACUUGUGACAGAGUACUCUUUGAACAAGCUCGCGUUCCAGCACGUCCUUGGUGCCAUUGAAAUGAGAUUCGCCAAGGCUGGUGCCAACCCCGGUGAGAUGGUUGGUGUUCUUGCUGCUCAGUCUAUUGGUGAGCCAGCUACGCAGAUGACCCUGAACACUUUCCACUUUGCUGGUGUUUCAUCAAAGAACGUCACGCUUGGUGUUCCUCGUCUCAAGGAAAUUCUUAAUGUUGCCACGAAUAUCAAGACCCCGUCUAUGACCGUCUACCAAGAACCUGCAAGAUCUCUUGACAAGGAGGGUGCUAAGCAGUUGCGAAGUGCCGUCGAGUACACGAGUCUGCGGUCUGUCACAGAGGCCACUGAGAUUUAUUACGACCCGGACAUUCAGACCACGGUUAUUGAGAACGACAGAGAUAUGGUGGAGUCUUACUUCAUCAUCCCCGAAGAUGUCACGGACGACUCAUCCCGCCAGUCCAAGUGGUUGCUCCGUAUCAUUCUCAGCCGACCCUCGCUUCUCGACAAGGGUCUUACGGUGCAGGAUGUUGCUGCUAGAAUCAAACAAGCAUACCCCAAGGAUAUUGCUGUGCUUUUCAGUGACAACAACGCUGACGAGCAGGUCAUUCGUAUCCGUCAAAUUCAAGACCACAAGGAAGAUGAGGAGGACGAUGAUAUCGAGUACGAUGUGACGCUGAAGAAAUUAGAGCAGCACCUCCUGGAUACUCUUACCCUUCGUGGAGUUCCGGGAGUUGACAGGGCCUUCAUCAACGAGAAGAGCAAAAUCCGAGUUCUCGAGGAUGGAUCCCUUUUCUCGAGCAAGUCCGACCCUCUUUGCAAAGAAUGGGUUCUCGAAACGAGUGGUUCCGCCCUUGCCGAUGUUCUGGCAAUCCCCGGAGUUGAUACGUCUCGUACGUAUUCCAACCAGUUUAUUGAAGUCUUUGAGGUGUUUGGUAUCGAGGCUGCCCGUACGGCUGUGCUGCGUGAAUUGACACAGGUGCUUGCUUUCGAUGGUUCCUAUGUCAACCACCGUCACUUGGCACUCCUGGUCGACGUCAUGACCGUGCGAGGUUACCUGACUCCUGUCACUCGUCACGGUAUCAACAGAGCCGACAAUGGUGCGCUUAUGCGAUGCUCUUUCGAAGAAACCGUGGAAAUUCUCCUGGAGGCUGCUGCUUUCGGAGAGCUCGAUGACUGCCGUGGUGUUUCGGAGAACUUGAUCCUGGGACAAAUGGCUCCUGCUGGAACUGGAGAGUUUGACAUUUAUCUUGACCAGAACUUGCUCAACACUGUUGUCUCGAACAAUGCACGGUUCGGUGUCAUGGGGGCUAUCGGUGCUAAGGAUGCCAUCAUCUCUGACGGUGCUGCGACUCAGUAUGAUACUGGUUCCCCUAUGCAGGAGAGUGCCUACAUUGGCACACCUGAUCCCGAGUCCAAUUUCUCCCCUAUUCGACAGGAUGGAGGUCAAUCACCCACCGGUGGUCUUACCGAUUACCAACCCAGUGGUGGCAUUGGCGGCGGGUUCAGUCCAGCAGCCACGAGCCCUGGCUAUUCUCCAAGCAGUCCUUUCAGCACGAGCCCAACGUCUCCUGGCUACUCUCCGUCGUCGUCUUACUCUCCCACGUCUCCUGGCAUGGCAAUUACCAGCCCUCGCUUCAUGACGUCCCCAGGGUUUUCACCUGCCAGCCCGUCGUUCGCACCUACGUCGCCCGCAUACUCCCCGACGUCACCGGCUUACGGACAAGUAUCCCCAACAUCACCGUCAUACUCUCCUACGUCGCCCGGGUUUUCUCCAACAUCGCCAAAUUACAGUCCCACAUCGCCAAGCUUCAGCCCAGCGUCUCCUGCGUUUAGUCCUACGUCGCCUAGCUAUAGUCCCACCAGUCCUGCUAUCGGUGGCGCCGGUCGACACCUGUCUCCCACUUCUCCCACCUCCCCCAAGUACACGCCCACUUCUCCUGGCUGGUCUCCUACGAGUCCCCAAACGUACUCGCCAACAUCGCCUAAUUUCUCUGGCUCCCCGACGUCUCCUGGAGGUCCAACCUCCCCGGGCUACAGCCCAACCUCUCCGGCUUUUAGCCCUUCGUCUCCACGCCAGUGAGAUUAGCUGCCGUAUGCUUGGCUUACUUAUGGCUUUCGUUGUAUCAUUGUACUAUCAUCGAAUUUUUCAAAUGAACCAUAAAAAUAACUAUUUUGCAUCUUACGUUGCGGAAUUGGUUGGUUAUCUUUUUUUACAAUUUGGGCGUCUCUAGCCUCUUUUCGAAAUGUAUGUUUUUCUUUUUUUUUUCUUCCCAGCCGGAAUGGUUUUUCCCCUCUAUUUCCCCCUUUUCUCUCUUAAUAGUUUCCAAGCCGCCUUUCAGAAAUUGUGAAUGGGUUUGUGGGCUGGCUAUGCAUGUUUCACUUGCGGACAUUGAAAUACCAAGCGUUCUAGAAUUGAAGACCCUUACGGAUCAUUUCUCCGAGUUAAUGAGGUGCUUUGGUCUUCUUUCGAGUGUUGUUCUCCCCCUUUUUUUUUCGCAUGAUGGUCAUUGUUAUUGAAUGUAUUACCGCAAUCACUUUUCUAUUUCGUGUACACAGUCUAGCGCAG